AUGACUUCUCCCGUGACUGGCAUCGUUGUCCUCAUCCGACACGGUGAUAGAGAAGGCUUCUACCAGUCCCCAACCACCUACGCUGCUUCGCAGACCAACCUCACCGUACUCGGAUACCUCGAGGAACUCAACAGCGGCGCUCAGCUUCGAUCUCGCUACAUUGACCCUGCCUCCCCCUUCAUCAUCCAAGGUGUCAGCACGACCGCCGUCGAGAAUGUUCAAGUCGAGGUUCAAGCAGAUGCGGGCGGAGAAGGCGGUGUCAUCGUCGAAAGUGCCAACGCCUUCAUGCAGGGGCUCUAUCCAGCGUUCAACGAUACCGUAACCCUAGCCAAUGGCACCAUCGUAUCAUGGGCCAACCGUGCCCAGCUAAUCCCGAUUGAAACCAUAGAACCAGACCAGUCUUUCGUCAUGGAGCCCUGGACAUCAUGCAACAAGUUUGACGACUACACAGAGAAGCUCUACAACGAUGCAGACUUCAAGAGACAAAGCGCCAUCGCACAGCCUUUCUACGACUCGAUCCCUGCUUCCAUCCUUGGUAACCGUCCAAAGUCUCUCGUCAACGCUUGGAACAUCUUUGACUAUCUCAACGUGCAGAAGAUCCACAACGCCACGCUUGCACCUCUGAUCACCGAUGAGAUGCUGGAUACUGCUUCGACUUGGGCACAGUACCACGAGGCGCAGCUGUUUGGCGAUGCUAGCUCAGUCUCACUCGGCAGCAUCGCAGGUCGAGGAAUACUCAAUCCGCUCACUGAAGCUAUUAGUCGAGUUAGCAACACUUCGGACUCACUCAAGAUCUCAGUCCUCGCUGCAUCUUACAAGCCUUUCUUUUCGCUGUUCAGUCUUUUCCAGAUGCCUGCUUUGCGAGGAAAGCUGGUCGACUAUGCUUCAGCCAUGGUGUUCGAGAUUCAUGAAGAUGACUCGAUGCGGCUUUACUUCAGGGACGGCUCGUCGGGAAGCUUAGACCCGUUUUCAGUUCUGGGCGUGAACACUCAGAAGGUGAACUUCUUCCUGGAGCACUAUGACCCCGUCAAGAUCAAGACGCUGGCUGAUUGGUGUAAUGAGUGCGGAGAGACCCAAGCGAGGGGCUGUGCUGCAUUGAAUGCGCUCAAUGGAACAGGUGGGGGUGGGAAGUACUCAGAUGUGACUUCGACAACGGGGAGACAGCAGGUCUCACCUGUGGCGGCGGGUGUGAUUGGUGCGCUGGUCAGUCUGGCGGUUGCGAUUGUUGUCGCUGUAGGAUUGGCGUAUUUCACUGGAGUGACGGUGGUGAAGAAGAGUAAGAAGGCGUAUCCGAGGAAUAGGCAUCUGCUCGCCCCUCCUUCGACCGGCACGGUCAACCGGGAGGGAAACAGUGUGGAGCUUCAGUACGAUUUGGAUCGGAAGGAGAGCCACGCAGCCUAG